AAUGUGGUCUGGGAAUGAGCUCGCAAUAUGGAUCACAGCGUUGUUCAUUGCCACGACGGCCGUCCUGGCGACAGUCGGCGCUGAGACGAACACGACCGCCACCAUGGCAACCUCUGAGGACCCCGUCGUGACCCAACAGUCCACGGCACAUCCUGUAUCUGCGGGAACCAACAGCACCCCCGGUGACUACACAUCUGCCACCGUUGCGUUGACCACGGCCUCGACCACGGCUUCGACCACGGCCUCGACCACGGCGUCGACCACGGCCUCGACCACGACAGGCUCGACCACCAAGACUGCGCCCCCGGCGGCGGGCGUUCCCGGUUGGGGAAUCGCUCUGCUGGUUCUGGCUGCCCUGGUUCUGCUGCUACUGACCUUGCUGCUUGUUGGACUGCUGUCGUGGUGCUGCUGCAGCUCUAAAGGGCGACAUGAGCGCCCUGACGACGUCCCCCUCUACACCACACACUCUCGCUUCUGGCCCUCCAAAAGCGGCGCUUACGAGGACGUGGACAAGCCCGCCAAGAUGGCCGCCAUGUGAGGGUCUGCGAAGGCGCGGGACAAAACUUUUUUUUUUUGCUUUUUUUUUUUUUUAAUUCUUGCGGGUUUCCGGUAUUUGCUGAUCGAUCAAAAAUAAUGAUUAAUGUUUCGGCGGGGAAGGUGGAGCACCUCGGCCAGGAAUGCCGGAGGUCCAAGUCCAAGUGGUUCCUUUGGGGCUUGGCUCGGUGACUCAGACCGGGUCUUUGGUCUCCAUGGCAACCUGCUCGUCAAUCACCUCAGCAUAAAGGACGUGAGACGAUCAAUAAACACAAUCAUCCAAUUGUCGGACUCUGUCAUACAUUUGUAAUCAGAUUACAUCGUACACACAUGGAUACUGAUGUC